AUGGGAGCAAAGGCAAGGCUAAAGGGCAAGGCAAGCGAAAGCCGAAGGUGUAAAGGGCAAGGGAACGCGCAAGCCAAUGCCGUAGGUCUAAAGGGCAAGGCAAUGCUAGCCAAAGCCACGGCAUGUCUAGGCCAUGGGCACGGCAUGCCAAGGCAACGCAGGGCAAAGCCGAAGCCAUGGGCAACGCAAGGCAACGCAUGCCAUGGGCAGGGCAGGGCAAAGCCGAAGCAAGGCAACACAAGCCAUGGCAACUCAAGCCACAUGUUGGGCAUGCUUUGA